AAGGGCCAGGGUUUUACUUCUUCGUUCCUUCCAGCAAAACAUUCAAAGUUUAAUUAAUUUCUUCCUUUUCCUUUAACCUAGCAAUUCAACCACGCCGCUGAUUCAUCCUCCUUCUACUGUCAUUUUCCUCUUCUUCUUCUUCACCUUCCUUCAUCCUUCUACUGUGAUUCUUCUUCAGGUUUCUCCGUCAUUUUUUUUGUAAAAAAACUUCAUUGUUGUUGUCGUGAAAUACAUAUGAGGAAGCCGCGACAGUGAUGCGCGUCCCACCUGGCAUCACUGUGGCGUCCACCGGCGGUUUCCCUCCGUACCGCCGCAAUCGCGCCACUAUUGGCCGCGAUUAACAACCUAGAUUUCAGAGUUGCAGAGAUGAUGGGUUGGAACUCAAAUAAUGAAUUCAAUAGCCCUUUUAGGUCUAAGGAAAAGGGUAGUAAACAAAAUUUCCAAUUUUUUUAUUGUUCGACGGAGAUUAUGUAGUCACACUUUUGAUGGUAAUAAUGGGUUUGACUGCAUUGAGGAGCCUUUGAGAAAAAUAGUUUCAGAUUUUGAUUCUACUUUGGAUGAAAGGUUCAAUUUAAACGACUAUUCAAGCUGUGAUCAAAAGCCCUUUUCACUUAGAAAGGGGUUCUUAGAGUCUGUGAAGUUAGAUGCUAAGAGGGCCCUUGAGGUUCUUAGACAAGAUGGUCCUGGUCUUGAUGCUAGGUUGAUUUUAGAGGAGUUGAGUAUAAGACCUUCCGGGAUUCUUGUUAGAGAGGUUCUCUUUGGAAUUUUGAAGAGCAUUAAUAGCGAGAAUAAGACCAGGUGUGCAAAGCUGGCUUAUAAGUUUUUUGUGUGGUGUAGUCAGCAAGAGGAUUACCGGCACACUGCGAAUGCCUAUCACUUGAUUAUGAACAUAUAUGCUGAAUGCGAAGAGUUUAGGGCGUUGUGGAGAUUGGUUGAUGAAAUGAUUGAGAAAGGUUAUCCGGCUACUGCUCGUACUUUCAAUGUUUUGGUUCGGACUUGUGGCGAGGCAGGCUUGGCGAAGACGUUGGUGGAGAGGUUCAUAAAAUCGAAGAACUUUAGCUAUAGGCCUUUUAAGCAUUCCUACAAUGCAAUUCUACAUUGUUUUCUUGUUUUAAACCAAUACAAAUUGAUUGAGUGGGUUUAUGAACAGAUGUUGCUUGAUGGUUUUUCAUCAGAUGUUUUGACUUAUAAUAUUGUCAUGUAUGCCAAGUAUAGACUUGGAAAGGUGGAUCAGUUCCACAUACUGCUUGAUGAGAUGGGUAGAAAUGGAUUUUCUCCGGAUUUUCAUACCUUCAACAUUCUUCUUCAUGCUCUUGGUAAAGGGGACAAACCACUUGCUGCUCUUAAUCUUUUAAAUCACAUGAGAGAAACAGGUAUAGAGCCUACAGUACUUCAUUUUACCACAUUGAUAGAUGGACUCAGCAGAGCUGGGAAUUUGGAUGCUUGCAAAUAUUUUUUCGAUGAAAUGACAAAGAACGGGUGCGUGCCAGAUGUGGUGGCGUACACUGUUAUGAUAACGGGAUAUGUAGUGGCUGGUGAGCUUGAGAAAGCACGGGAAAUGUUUCAAGAGAUGCUUUCCAAGGAGCAAGUCCCAAAUGUUUUUACAUACAAUUCCAUGAUUCGGGGGUUAUGUAUGGCAGGGAAAUUUGAUGAAGCACUCUCAAUGUUCAAGGAAAUGGAUAGGAAAGGUUGUAGUCCAAACUCUGUUGUCUAUAUUACAUUAGUGAAUUGUUUGCGGAAUGCCGGAAGGGUUGCUGAUGCUCGUGAGGUGAUAAGACAAAUGAUGGAGACAGGGAAGUAUGCCCACUUACUUUCAAGAUUCAAAGGGUUUAAGAUGUAGUCGUAAAUUAGACUUUCAAAUCACACAUUUUAACUCUUGGGGCAUCGACUCUUUGAUUAACUUAGGCCAACUACCUGCUGCGUUUCAGCUGGUUAGAUGCCAGAGAAAAAAAGUAUGUCGCCUCCCAUCCCCUAAUAUAUAUAAUUCUUUCUACACCGAGUAGCUAAAAUGUAAACCUGUAUGGCCCAUUUUUGUAUAACAUAUGAUCAACAUUUGUUGUUCAUUAUUUUA